CGAGAAGAAGUACAGUGCGCGACCCCGAGUCUGCACAGUGCUCAUUUAGCUAGUUUGAACGCUCAAUAAAUCCUCCCUCGGAUGAAUAAAAAGACGACUUUUAGGGGAAUACUGGACCAAGAAUGUGUUAGGACGUUUCGGAAAACCUUUUCAGGACGACUUGGACGCUUAAAAGUGGGUUCCGGUGGUGAAAUGUUUUUUUUUCCCUGUCAGGAAGUUGGAUGUAGUGGGUUGGAAAUGAUUUUGUGCUUUUGUUUUGUUUUGGAGACUACAUCGUGUACAUAAUGGUGGUUCGAAGACGAAGUUUGUCGUCCUAAUUUAGUUCGUUUGGCUGCCGAAUGAAGUUCGGGCAAAGUUCCACGAAGUCUGACGAGGUUUGCUACAACUCGGCGCCAUAAGUAAGCCUUGUUUGUUUGUUUUCAUACUUUACGUUCAGUUCAGUUUUGGUACACAAUUCAUAUUCAAGCAUACUUUUGAUACUUUGGACGUAGCAGGAAGAAAAGCUAACUCUCCUGAAUUAUGGAUGCAAAUAACUCCAAGAAGUGAAUGGGACACCUUCCUGAUCCAGAUGUUUGCCCUGAACAAAUUUAACAAGUUCUCCAAAAAUGCGACGUUCGGGAACACCUCUUAAGGAACAUUUCCGGUCUAAACCCCCCACGUGACCUUGUUUGCUUUUACCUGGGAACUGACAUCCACCUGUGUACACCAUGGCCCAUUAUGGCGCUGCCCGCUGAGGAUGAUGAUGAUGAAGAUGAAGAUGAUUGGAGGUCACACGUGACACAGUUGGCCCGGCAGCGCUUCUGAAGAUCGCUUUGAGGACCACGCGGGGCGCUCACGCAAGCACCCACAAUGAAUGAACGGCAGGCUCUCCACUCCAUCAUGAAGGACCUCGUUGCCCUGCAGAUGACGCGGCGCCAGCCUGUCCUGCCGUACGACGGCGGCAAGCUGAAGGCGGCGACUCAAGCUAACAGACAGGAGGACGUCAGGAUGAAGUUUGAGUUCUCAGGCGAGAGGAGGAUCCUGAUGUUUGUUCGACCUGUGCAGCUCGAGGACGUCCAGCGCAAAGUCAAGUCUGUGUUUGGCCAGCAGCUGGACCUCUAUUACGUGAGCAACGAGUUGUCCAUCCCUCUGAAAGGUCAGGACGACCUUGACAAGGCUGUGGAUCUGCUGGACCGAAGCUCCAACAACAUGAAGAGCAUCAGGAUCCUGCUGCUCGCUCAGGAGCACAACAAGGCCCCGUCCCCGUCUUACCACGUGCCCUGCAAGCAGGUGAGGAUCAAGGCGUCCGAGUCCACUGGCGACGUCAGCACGGUGUACCAGUCCUCGGAACCUAGGGGGCGCCAUCUUUCAACAAGUUCUCAGAACACGGGACGUAGCUCGCCGCCUCCCGGCUACGUGCCGGAACGCCAGCAGAGGAUCGCGCGCCAAGGUUCCUACACCAGCAUCAACAGCGAGGGGGAGUUCAUCCCAGAGACCAGCGACCAGUGUGUGCUGGAUCCUUGGAGCAGUGCAGAGAAUUCCGUGUCUGGAAGCUGUCAAUCUCUGGACAGCAACUCGGACAGCCCCGCCCUGAGGAAGUCUCGCAUGCACAGAGCCAAGAGUUACCCGGACAAUCGACAAGAGUUCUCAGACAGGGAGAACCACGUCUAUGACCGCUUGGUGGGCAAGGGAGGCACGUACCCUCGCCGCUACCACGUCUCGCUGCAUCACAAGGACCACAGCGAGGGCCGGAGGACUUUUCCCAGGAUCCGUCGCCCCCAGGGGAAUCUCUUCACUCUGGUGCCUUCACGGCGCUCGCUGAAUGGCAGCGAGGAGAGCGUCGGCAGCUGGCAGCUGUUGGACACGCAGGGGAGACUCCGCCCACAGGAGCGCCCCGUGGCUCAUAAGUCGCCGAGCGCUCCGGUGACGUGGCGGCGAGGGAAGCUUCUCGGCCAGGGCGCUUUCGGGCAGGUGUACCUGUGCUACGACGUAGACACCGGGAGAGAACUGGCCGCCAAGCAAGUCCAUUUUGAUCCCGACAGUCCUGAGACCAGCAAGGAAGUGAGCGCCUUGGAGUGUGAGAUCCAGCUGCUGAAGAAUCUUCAUCACGAGCGCAUCGUGCAGUACUACGGCUGCUUGAGGGACCACAACGAGCGGACCCUCACCAUCUUCAUGGAGUACAUGCCUGGGGGUUCAGUGAAAGACCAGCUGAAGGCUUACGGAGCUCUAACGGAAAACGUGACCCGGAAGUACACCAGGCAGAUCCUGGAGGGCGUGUCCUACCUGCACAGCAACAUGAUCGUACACAGGGACAUUAAAGGCGCCAACAUCCUGCGGGAUUCGGAGGGCAACGUUAAGCUGGGAGACUUCGGGGCCAGCAAGCGUCUGCAGACCAUCUGCAUGUCUGGCACCGGCAUCCGCUCCGUGACCGGCACCCCUUACUGGAUGAGCCCGGAAGUGAUCAGCGGCGAAGGCUACGGCAGGAAAGCUGACGUCUGGAGUCUGGGCUGCACCGUAGUGGAGAUGCUGACCGAGAAGCCCCCCUGGGCCGAAUACGAAGCCAUGGCGGCCAUCUUUAAGAUCGCCACGCAGCCCACCAACCCGCUGCUGCCCUUGCACGCUUCCGACCAAGCGCAGGACUUUAUCCGCUGCAUCUUCGUGGAGGCCAAGCAGCGGCCCAGCGCCGAGGAGCUGCUCCGCCAUCCUUUCUCCCAGACUGUGUGCUGAAAGCUGCCUGGCCUCUGAACUUUGACCCCCAUCCCACCCCCUCAAUGUAGCAUCAAAUCCAAACAGCUGGAUGUUUCUAAGCUUUGCUGCACGGCUGCCCUGUCCUGGUGCUCCACUUUUGGAGUCUUUGUGGGUCGAGCAAAGAUGCAGUGUUGUGUUCCACUUCACCAUCGCACCAUCUCACGGUGCCCUGGUGGAGAUAAUCAAGUACAGGCAUGCCUUUCUUUUUAGACCAGCAAGCAAAUGCAGCUUGAAAAGGUGGAAGUUGUUAACAAGGAUUUUAGGAAGUGUUUUGAUUGGUCUAUUGGUGUAUGGUUGGCUUAGGGAAGGUGUAAUGCAAGGUGUGUCCACUAGGUUGUAGUCACGAGUCAGUGGUAAUUGGUGGUGGUCUGGUGGAAAAUGCAAUGUUUAUCCUCACCACUAGAGGCCACUAUUCCCCCUCAGGAUUAUUGGCAAUUUCAUUCAUUCAUUCAUUUUCUACCGCUUUUUCCUCACGAGGGUCGCGGGGGGUGCUGGAGCCUAUCCCAGCUGUCUUCGGACGGGGUACACCCUAGACUGGUCGCCAGCCAAUCACAGGGCACAUAUAGACAAACAACCAUUCACACUCACAUUCAUACCUAUGGACAAUUUGGAGUCGCCAAUUAACCUAGCAUGUUUUCGGAAUGUGGGAGGAAACCGGAGUACCCGGAGAAAACCCACGCAUGCACGGGGAGAACACAGAGAUGCCCGAGGGUGGGAUUGAACCCUGGUCUCCUAGCUGUGAGGUCUGUGCGCUAACCCCUAGACCACCGUGUAUUGGCAAUUUCAUCAUGAUGCUAAUCCGCUUCAUCACCUCCCCAAAGCCGAAUGCUUUGGCUUUUUGCCUCCAAACCAAAUGGAAAAAUAUGACAUUGCAUGCUUUGAAUUUGAAUUUUUGAGUUUUUGUCAGGAAAAAGGUUUGCUCUAAGCCCACAUUUUUUUUUAUUUUGUUACAGCAAAAGAAGCUCAUUUGUGGUGAAAGUCCACCUAAAAGCCUGAAGAGCAAAGAUCUCACCGAGAAGCUUUAACGAUCAAUUUAAAAUCAGAUGCACUUUCUUUUUUUUUUUUUUUUUUUUUCAAAUGUGAACCUUUUAUUUAUGCCCCCUGGUGCCAGUUCACUUGGUUAUCAUAAGCAAAUAUGUGUGAAUAUAUAUUUUUAUACUCUUAUCUUUUAUCUUUAUACUGCCUCUGGGGCCAAGAGGGUCAAAUAAGCAGCAUGUGUUGCAAAAUGUACUUUUUUUUUUCUAAUAUGUGUAAAAACCACCUCUGGCUGGCCGGGGCAAAGAAAUAUAAUAAUUCUCCAUUUUAUUCAUUGUUGACAAUUUUGUGUUGUUUUGUGAAGGAAUGACUUUUUUUUUUAAUCGGAUUUACUUCUCUAUUUUGCAGAUAGAAUUAUAAAGAGCAUGCAGGAGUUUGCUGUUGGACGACUUUGUUCACCCCCGAGGUUCAGGACCCUCAGCGGCCACAACAUUAGGUACACCUGUCAUUUAAAAAUACAAUUUGUGCCUUUUGUAAAUGAUGAUAACGCUUAGUUUGA